UUAUAGUGCGCUAGUGGACGUGCUGUAGGUGCAAAAUAGUCUCAUGUGUUACAUGGUGUGCUGAGCUAAAAACGAAGAAAAGAAGAGACGGAAAAAAAAGAAGUGAGAGACCCUCGGUGGAAUUUCUUUAGCCAACUUUGCGAAUCGGUCCAAAUGGGAACGUGCUGGUUCGUAGUGUGGAUGCUGUUCGUCUGUUUUAUCGGAGAUGCACGGCCGCAAUACAGGGACAAAAAUAUAAGCACGGCGGAGACAGACGCGGUACAAGCACUUUUGGCCCGUUAUCUUCAGCGUCGUCUUCAAGGCUCUCAGCUGUCAACGCCACCACCUCCGUCGGUCCUCUUCAGUAACAAUCAUCGGGCCCACAUCCGACAGGCCACUCAGAGAGGUCCACCCAGCAACAAUCUUGUCUCGCGAAAUGUUAGUGGCAAUGAUGGGGACCACCGUCCUGUCCUUGAGGAUUACGAAGAUUACGAGGACGACCUCGAGGGCUACGAGGACAGCGAGAAAAGCAGAACCAGAUUCGAUCUCUUGGCGGACGACUGUCCAAACUGCGUGGACGAACAUAGUAGCAGCUUGGCGGCUUCAAGAUGGACGAUGCCUUUACUGAAGCUGGGCGAGAAGAGAUACUACCUGGGGAUCUUCUUCAAGGCAAACUGGUAUAGAGCUUCGCAAUAUUGUCGUUAUCACGGGAUGCAUCUGGCGAGUAUAGCCUCACAAGAGGAGAACGAUAGACUUGAAAAGCAUAUCAAGGAUUUCGGUCUCGGUCACGAGCAUUUUUGGACUUCUGGUACCGAUCAGGCUGAGGAGGGAACUUUUUUCUGGAUGGCUAAUGGUAGGCCGAUCACGUUCGAGAAUUGGAACGUCGGCGAACCAAAUAAUUUCCGAUACGAGAAUGGCGAAGAGGAACAUUGCCUGGAGCUCUGGAACAGAGAUGGCAAAGGGCUCAAAUGGAAUGACAGUCCUUGCAGCUUCGAGACUUUCUUCGUCUGUGAAGUACAAUGAUCAAGAAAGGCUGAAAGAAGGGACUAAAUGCACGAAAAUAUUUAUGUGCAAAUAUCAGUUUAUGGCGUGUCCUCAAGAUGAUCUUCAAGGAAACUGCGUGUGACAUUCUCGGCCGUUCAUUCGUUUCAGUGAACUUAGUGAGGUAGAGAGACUUGACAUGUGCGCUCGGACUGAAAAUGAUGCGUGAUUAGCCAGUCGCUACCAUUGUUAUGUUUUAUACGUCCAGAAUUCACGAGUAUGUACACAAAACGACAAUUAAUUCAGUCAGUUCUUUUUGUAAAAGAAUCACCAAGCGAUCGAACGUUGAUUAAAUCUGCAAUGUCGGAUGAUAAAAAUGGUUUAUUUAUAUUUGCUUUAUGUGCAGAGGCAG